CUCUUCUUCUUCUUGUGAUAAAUCUCUCUUCUUUUCUUCUUCCUCCGUUAAUUUUUUUUUAGGUUCCAUUGAUUUACAUAUAAUCGGAGAGGAAGAGUUUAGAGAGAGAAACGCGGAGAAAGAGAGAGAGGAAGGGGCGUUGAAAAGACGAAACUGAUCUCCUCCGCAUCUCUCUGCGCCUUCUCUACUCUCUGAAUACUGAAUCCAUCCGAGGAGACGCUGUUUGUUCGACGGUUUCACGAUGAACGAGAAGGCCAACGUAUCUAAGGAGCUUAAUGCCAGGCACAGAAAGAUUCUGGAAGGGCUUCUUAAACUUCCAGAGAAUAGAGAAUGUGCUGACUGUAAAUCCAAAGGUCCAAGAUGGGCUAGUGUAAAUUUAGGCAUCUUUAUAUGCAUGCAAUGUUCUGGGAUCCAUCGAAGUCUUGGUGUACAUAUUUCGAAGGUUCGAUCUGCUACGUUGGAUACAUGGCUACCAGAGCAGGUUGCAUUUAUUCAAUCAAUGGGAAAUGAAAAGUCAAAUAGUUAUUGGGAAGCAGAGUUACCCACAAACUAUGACAGAGUGGGGAUUGAGAAUUUCAUCCGUGCGAAGUAUGAAGAGAAAAGAUGGGUUCCUAAAGAUAAAACACCAAACUCCUUGCCUAGAGGGCAGGAAGAAAGGGCUUCGGUGCAUUUGCAGAGACCUGCAGAGAGAAGUGAGCAUGGAUUUGCCAGCAAUCCAGAAAAUACUUGUGAGGAAAGAAAGAACCUUCAAACUCCAAAUGUAAAAGACAGUGUUCCUGCUACAAGAAUUAGAAUGCCUGCUCCUCCCAGAGGGCCCAAUCAGGUUACUUCUGUAUCAAAGCCUCAAGAAGCUAGUCAGACAACAGAUUCACUAGUGGCUCCAGCCGAAGCAACAAAGAAGGCUGCAGAUGCUGCUCCUGCUGCUUCUCCCCCUAAAGUUGACUUAGCUGCCGACCUUUUCAACAUGCUUUCCUUUGACGGUCCUAGUGAAAAUGGCUCAGAGGCUGCUCCAACUGAGGAUAAUUCUUGGGCAGGCUUUCAGUCUGCAGCUGCACCUGCUGAAGAUGCAUCGACAACUGUAAAAGCUAGUCCAGCAAAAGUAGUUGAGAAUAAUACCCAGUCGACAUCUGCAAUUGAGGAUCUAUUUAAAGAUACACCAUUAUUUACAACCACGCGAGUUGCGGAUAAGCCCCAAAAAGAUGUGAAAAAUGAUAUUAUGAGUCUUUUUGAGAAGUCAAAUAUGGUGUCACCAUUUUCCCUACAUCAACAACAACUUGCUAUGCUCGCACAGCAACAGUCCCUUCUCAUGGCUGCUGCAGCAAAAUCUGCUGGUGGGGACUCAAAACUCUCUGGAAAAAUCCAACAACCUACGUCCAACGGUGUCAAUAUGCCCACUCAAAUCUGGCCAAACAUUGGCCACCAAAUUCCAGGAAUGAUGAUGCCGGUAGGUGGACCAGCUGAACUUCAGAAACUUAUGCAGGCAAGCAACAUGGGACAGGCAUAUCCGACGGGGGCUUCUGUCCAAUUUCCAACGUCCAGCCUUUAUUCUAUGGGCCAAGUGACACAAAGUAAUGGUGUGGGGAAUAAUGCAGUCAAUGCAACUCAAUCAGCGUCGUCAGCAUCAUCCCCAUCACAGUCAGCGAAGGAUUAUGAUUUUUCCUCUUUGACACAAGAUUUCUUUACAAAGCACUGAGAUGGCCUUGUCAUUGGUAAUACUGGCUUUCAUCAUACAAUGCCAAAAUAUUUGUCACAUGAAAAUAGCAUUUGGAAGUUUCUUUUCAUGUGUUGGGGGCUGUAAACAAAUAUGAAGAGCAGUUUCAGUUUUUCCUUUGUGUUGGGCUGGGUGAUGGAUGGUUCAUUUGUAAUAGUAGAUGGAAGAAUAAGAAGAUUGGUUAGGAAUUGUUGGGUUCAUUGUCCCUUAUUCUAGUUUCUUCUGUCGA